AUGGCGAAUUUACCACAAACGAAGGCGUUGGGCGGAGAAGGGAGCGAGAAGGAAGAGGUGAGGGUAGACCCUGAUCUGGCGGCGAAACAGCAGGUGGGGGAGGGAAGUUUGGAGGGAGAAGAACCUAGGAUCAUGGAGGGAGGAUCGGGGAGUGGAAGCAGGGAAGCAGAGGUGGAAGUUGAUGAAGAGGAGGAGGGGGACUAUUACGGACCGUCGCCGGAUUUGGAAGACAGAUUUGCAGGGAUGAAAUUGCAUGGAGAGGAGGAAGAUGAUCUAGAUCUGUCCAGUGAAGUUGAUGAUCUGAUAAGGGGCGUGCGUUGGCUAGGGCUGUUCCGCGUGUAUACCACGAAGCCCUUCAGCCAUGCAGCAUUGUUGAAGCAGAUGAGGAACGCGUGGGCGGCUGCACAAGGAGUAACUUUCAACGUGAAGGGCCCAAAUUUAUUCUUGUUCCAGUGUCACUGCCUCGGAGACUGGAAAAGGAUCAUGGAUGGGGGUCCGUGGAUCUUCCGUUAUGCUCCUGUUAUCAUCCAAGAGUAUGAUGGUUUCACCGAUGUUUCAGAGUACAAGUUGAACAAGGUCCCUCUGUGGGCUAGAAUCAAGGGGCUGCCGGAUGGUUUGACAGCUAAAAAGGAACUAGCGGAGAAGAUCGCGACCAAGGUUGGAGAACCGCCUUUCACCGUGAUUGUCAAUGAAGGCAAGAUCAAUCCAGCAAGUGCCCUGAGAGUUAGAGUUUUUGUGGAUGUAAGCACGCCUCUGGUGAGGUUUGUACCAAUUACCCUCAGGGAGUUAAGAAGAUAUCCUGUCUUUUAUGACAGGCUGCCGGACUUUUGCUUCUUCUGCGGCUUGAUGGGCCAUACGGUGGAGGAGUGUGGAGAUGGCAUACAUGAUCCUCGCACCUGUGAGUGGGGCGAGUGGCUUCUUUGGGGCUUAGAGCAAUCGACCUUUGUGUCAGGAGGAGGAGGAAACAUGGAGGGACGAGGUGGAAGAGGUAGGUCAGGAGGAAGAGGGGGAAGAGGUGGAAGGCAAGGGAGGGGAGGACGUGAUGGUUUUAGAAGGGAGGGGGAUAUGCAGACUACCAGCAUGGACCAUACUCAGCAAGAUCCUGCCACUGAGAAUCCCAAUGCGCGCAAAAGACUUGUCUUAUCAGAUGGGACGGUGAAUAUAAGGGGCCAAGCGCUGCCAAACUUGGCGGGCAGAGUCGCUGGUACCGUUCUUCUCUUGGAGAACAAUGGCGAAGAACUAACUCAGGAGGCUUCCAAUACCCCUGGGAAAUUCCCGAUAGUCAAGAGGAGAAGGCAAGAUGGAGUUGUGAGGGGUGAUGACAUGGUAACAGAUGAUCAGGCGGCCUCCGGUGGGGAGGACCGCCGGUCCCAAUGA